AUGAAUGUCGUGGAUGAGAAGGAACGUUUCAUCGACAACUUGAAGGGAGACAAUGAAAAGUUACUGCAGGAGCUAGAAGAUAUUAAGAGCCGGGCAACUGCAGGAGUUGACGAAAAGCUGCGCGAAAAUGAUGAGCUACGCAAGAAUCUGGAGCAGGUGCUCAGCGAACUAAACAACCUGAAGGACGCGACGGCUCCAAAGGCAGAGUAUGAAGAGCUAAAGGGGAAACUAGUGCAACUUGAAGAGGCCAGCGUUGGAUCACCUUCAGCUGAACAAUUCGCUAACCUGCAAUCGGAACUCGAAAACAUUCGUAAAAAAGCAGAAGAGGAGCAAGGGGUCAUUGAGAAUCUGGAGAAGCAGAAGAAUGACUUGGAAUGGAGCCUUGGCGAGCAUCGCCAGUGGCUUCAGGAUACCAAAAACUGGUAA